UGUUGUUUUCGUGACCACUGGAGGGAAUAAAUCUACUUUUCGUUGUCGAAUUUAAAUUCUAAAUUUGUUUUGUACAUAUCCAUAAACUCGCGACUAUUCGCGUAUCUUAUUUCACUUAGACUGUUCGCCAAUUAUGUGAAAACAAAACAUUCUUAAAGCUAUUGUUCUCCGGUGAAUCCGAAAUGGUUACAUGGCUCUUUAUUAACGUAUUGAUAAGACAUUUUUGUAACUACAACAUUAAAGGGCAAUUCAAGCGGAGAGUCGUUGAACACAGACUCGUUGUAGUGAUUUACUUGUUAAGAUGUUCAUAAUUAACUAUGCGAUAUGUUUAACAGUUUUUGGGCUUUCCAUCAGUAAAGUUUAUGGACAAUGCACAUUCACGGACCCAUUCUUGUCAAGCACGUGGCUGGACAAUACAAAGGACACAUUAGUAUUUACCACUAACCAGAUGAGCGGUUGGGCGUUUAACGCUUUGAGGACUACUGGCAACCCUCUCAAAAUAAACACAUGGCAGUGCGUGGACUACGUGCCAGACAAGUACCUCGUGCUAAGGACCAUUGCAAGUUUCACUGUAGACAUUUUGGGUACCAACACUCCAAGGUUGCACGCAUAUCUGUGCAUGAAACUCACCAAGAUCACUAACACAUCUUACAUUUACUAUCAACAAAACGCACAACGAUCGAGACUCGGCUAUGAACGUCUUCACGUGACUUCCAACGCCUCUCUCACGAACUAUACACAAGUAUGUGACGACAGCAUCACGGUACCGACCACAGAGUAUCACGUCAUCAUCAAGUCAGGUCAAGCCGCUAACUCGGUGAUCACGUGCCCAGACAGUCUGCUGUUCUCUGCAGACUACUAUGUUACCGGCUCGGACGGGACGAGUAACUGUACGAAUACAAAUGACGUGUGGGACGUAUGCAGUAACAUCACACAGAUGACGUUCAAUUACUCCACGUGCUCAACGCAAGUGAUGUUCUCUGCUGGCGGUGUGCUCUCGUGUGUGGCCAACGUCUCAUCGGGCGGUUACGACUACGUCACAGUGUACAAUCAGGACGCCACCCUCACCGGCACAGCCACUAGAUUUGCAUGCAUUAGCACCUCAGGGCGGUACUCCUCGGUGGCCCCUGGAAACUGCACCGCCACCCAGACCCCGUGGGCCGUCCCCGUGAAGGCGGACCAGGUUACGAAAGUAGGCCAGCUGCUUGUCAUCACCAAUUACUAUCAAACCUGUUGUAAGUAUUAAAGCUUGAAUAAAUGAACCAUACAUAGAACUUUUAUCAGAACGGG